CGCAGCGGCGGUCCCUGCGCUGGCAUCUCCAGAGCGCCGGCAGUCCCGACAGGGAGCCUGGCUUGGACCUUCAGCCUUCUUCAUUUUCUUUUGAAUUUUUUUGAUUAUUUUUUUUUUCUCUCCCUUUUAAGAGCGGAAAGCGUAGUGAAGGGAUUCAGAGCUGGAAGCUGGGUGUGCUGGGAUGAGCUCCCCGUGUUUGGGUUUGCAGCUCUGACCUUUGGGACUGAACCGGAGCAGUCGGGUGUCGUGGAGGCUGUUGGGCACCUCUUUGCAGGGCUCCCAGCGAGUCACUGGUGGCAGCAGCGAGAUCCCAGCCCCCAGGAAUGAGAAACCUCCACCACUGAAGACCUGAGUCCUGGGUUUCACAUUGUGUCAAGCCUCUGCCUUCACCCUGGCCAGCCCUGCCCAUGAUGGCCUUGUGUCUCAAGCAAGUCUUCAACAAAGACAAAACAUUUCGUCCCCGAAAGAAGUUUGAGCCGGGCACCCAGCGCUUCGAGCUGUACAAAAAAGCUCAGGCCUCCCUCAAGUCUGGGCUGGACCUGAAAGCAGUGGUGCAGCUGCCUCCCGGUGAGAGCAUCAACGACUGGAUUGCCGUGCACGUGGUGGACUUCUUCAACCGCAUCAACCUCAUCUACGGCACCAUGUCGGAGUACUGCACGGAGAAGAGUUGUCCCAUCAUGUCAGGUGGGCUCAAGUAUGAGUACAGGUGGCAGGACGAUAACAAGUACAAGAAGCCGACCAAACUGUCGGCCCCAAAGUACAUGUGUAUGCUGAUGGACUGGAUUGAGAUGCUCAUUAACAACGAGGACAUCUUCCCAACCAGGAUAGGUGUUCCCUUCCCCAAGCAGUUCCAGCAAGUUUGCACUAAGAUCCUCACCCGCCUCUUCCGUGUCUUUGUCCAUGUCUACAUCCACCACUUUGACAGCAUCAUCAACAUGGGUGCUGAGGCUCACGUCAACACCUGCUACAAGCACUUUUACUACUUCAUCAGGGAGUUCAGCCUCAUAGACCAUCGGGAGCUGGAGCCUUUGAAAGAAAUGACAGAACGAAUUUGCCACUGAAGCUUUUUGGCCAGUGAACUCAGCUGGUUCCUUUGGACUCCAAUGGCACAGGACACCCUGUGGUGGGAGACCUCUCCCCA